GAUCCUAGAGCGGUCGAAAGGGAGGCCCUCUGGGAGAAGGCAAAUGGCGGCGACCAAGAGGCGGCGUGGAGCUGGCAAGGCCACCGCAGCCGGGCCGAAGAAAAAACGCGCGAAGGGAGCUUCGGAAGGGAAGGAGAGCGUGGAGGCCGAGAGAGAUCCGUUCUCCGUGCCGGGCCAGGAUGAAUUCCACAUCCCUCCCCCUGUUUUCCAGGGUAAAUGGAACAACAAAGAGAGGGUCCUCAUUUUUUCUUCCAGAGGAAAAUUUAGGACAAGGCAUCUAAUGAAGGAUUUGCGUACAUUAAUGCCUCAUUCUAAAGCAGAUACCAAAAUGGACAGGAAAGACAAGCUAUUUAUCAUUAAUGAGGUCUGUGAAAUGAAGAAUUGCAAUAAGUGCAUAUUUUUUGAAGCCAAAAAGAAGCAAGAUCUUUACAUUUGGCUUUCAAAUGUCCCCCAUGGACCAUCAGCCAAGUUUUUAGUCCAGAACAUUCACACAUUGGCUGAGUUGAAGAUGACUGGAAACUGUUUGAGAGGUUCUCGACCCGUUCUUUCUUUCGAUCCAGUUUUUGACCAGAAACCACAUUAUGCUUUGCUGAAAGAGCUAUUUAUUCAGAUCUUUAGUACUCCACAGUAUCAUCCCAGGAGUCAGCCUUUUGUAGACCAUGUUUUCGCCUUCUCCAUCGCAGAUGAGAGGAUCUGGUUUCGAAAUUAUCAGAUCAUAGAAGAAGAUGGAGCUCUUGUUGAAAUUGGGCCUCGUUUUGUCCUGAACCUAAUCAAGAUCUUCCAGGGCAGCUUUGGAGGACAAACCCUGUAUCAAAACCCUCAUUACCAAUCUCCAAAUAUGCAUCGUCGAAUAAGACUGGCCCUAGUUGCUAAAUUUAGAGAAAAGCAAAACAUGAAGCAGUUACAGAAAUUGAAGAGUAAGGAAGACCAAGCACUCAUUCCUAAAGAUCCCACCGAGGAAGUAUUUGAAACGCCAGCUGAAGAAAAGCCAGUGGAGAUAGAACUGGUGAGGCCAGAACCAAAAAUGAGGUUGAAAAAGAAAAAGAAGAAAGUACACCAACGGCAGAGGAAGUGGAAGAGAAAGAUUGGCAGAAUUGGAGUUCAGAAUUAGAACUUUGGAAAAAAAGAUGGAGAUUAACUGGACUUUAUAAUAUGGGAGUCUUAAUCAUUUGCUAUGCUACUUUUCUAAUCAAGUUCUCUACUGUAGCAUCAUGUUGUAAUCACUUAUUGGCUGGUGUUAAAUAUUUUUACAAAAAAUUUUUUGGCUUUUCUUGCUUUUUUACUUAAAAAGGAAGUUGGUGAUA